AUGCAUCUCCCACCUUAUUCACUCCAGGACUUUGGGCAAACUCUUCCCCUCUGCAAUCUUCAGUUUCCCCAUCCGGAAAAUGACGGAUUGUACCAGGUUCCUGGGUUGAGCUCCUCUGAGGAUGAGAGCCUUUCUCCCGUGACCAGACGGACGUCCCUGACAAGGCUCCUAAAGCACAGCACCCCAGAGGGAGCUGCCCCCAGCUGGCACUCAGAGCUACUGGGCGAUGUCUCCUCACGCCAGGAAGGGGGCUCUGCAGACGGGUCCCCACUGCCUGUGCGCGCCCCCUGGGACCUCCCUUCGUCCCCGGGAGGGCUCAGCCCCAAGGUCCCCCUCAGAAAGAGGCGGCUUUCCACCAUCCGGGCCUCUGAGGUGCCCAGUGGGCAGCUAGGAUCCAACUCGGACCCCUUUGCUUUUGAGGAAGAUCCGCCCGUGCCAGCCUCGGUCACCCGGCGGCGACAGCAGCAGCAGCAGGGCAGGUCCCCCCGAGCAAGGAGAUCGCCACCAAACUUGGGAUUGCCCGGGAUCCCGAACGCAGCCAAGAGGAGGCCACGGGACCUGAAGAGGCUGGCUGCUGCGACAGAGCGACUGAGGCAGUGGGAGAUCCACCUGCUUCAGAACAUCGAGGAGGCCACCCAGCACGAACUCACCAUCGAAGACGACUGAGCGCUCAGCCCCGGGACCAGGACGCAGCUGUGCUCAGGAGCUCCUGCUGCGGCCUGACUUACUCAUCUGUCCAUCCGACCGUCUGUCUGUCUGUCUGUCUGUCUGUCUGUCUGUCUGUCUGUAAACCCCACACCUUCCUCAGGACUUGCUCUGGGUCCAACCUUGACCUCCAUUGUACCUCUGGGUGGGUUGGGAGGAACUGGCUGAUGAUCUUGUUACUCAGAUUCCAAACGUGGCUUUCAGAGGCGCCAACUGAGACGAGGGGAUGGAGGAAGCAGGUACAGACAGGUGAGGUGGAUGCCCGAGGGCCACCCUGGAGGUACCCGGAGAUGAGAUGUAACCCACCUACCCUGCCUUCUUCCCCAACACGGCCAGGUGAGCCUGAGAUGCUGGGAUGACACAAUGUAGGGAAUAGGACCAAGUUGCACAGGUAAAUACCAAGGAGCUAGGCAGCCCACCCAGCUGGAGAGGACGGGGUCCUAGGCUGCCACUCCAGGAAAGGCCAAAGCAGUGGCCCUCAACUGGAGGGCAUUCUGAGAAUUUGUGGGUGCUGGUUUGUUUAGGGUUUUGGGGGACGGGGUGAGGAAUUUAACCCCCUGCAGUAGGGCGGGGCUGUCUCCUGUCCCGUCCUUCUCCAGAACUGAGCUCUCCACCUCACUGCUUAGGAUAAGGGUCCCACCAAAGGGCCGGAGGGUAUCUGUGACCCUCAUACUGUAAGGAAAAAGAAACGGGUGCCCAGGGCACUUCAGUCAGCAUAGACCAGCGUCAACCUCCCAGGUCCAGGCAUCUCUGAGACACGUCUGUUAGUGGACCCGUUGUGGUUAUGAAUACAGAGCUAGAUUUUAUCCUUGUAAAUGCUUUCACACCACCCCUCCACUUUGAAAGUGGUGGUUUUUUUCCUUCUAAAAACCAAAAAUGCUUACGUUUCCAGUGCCAUCGUGUGCCGCCUCCGCAGCCCAUCCUCCAGGCCAGCCAUCCGUGACGUGGGUCUUCUCAGGGACGCAGAUAAAGCCUAUUGCUAGAGCAGAGUCCAACUGGGCGCCCUAAACAGAGCCUCAGGCUGGCCUGAAACGACAGGAGGUGGCAGAUUCCAAGGGCAGGCAAGGUUGAGGAUGGUCCAAGAGAGAGGGAAGGGUCUUACUCUGGAGCUGCUGGGUGGGUGGAGGGCAUUCCAGAUCAGAAAGGUGCUCCCUGGUAGAGCCUGCAUUUGUGUGGAGGUUUUCAAUAAGGAAGGAAUGAUUGGGAUUCCUCACGGGGGAUUAGAUGCAGGCUGGGGGCUGCAAUUAUUGGGAUAGUUGCUUCAAAUUUCCUCUGUUGAUGUUCUUAUAUAUGUUGGUAAGAACUUAUUUACUGUGUAGUGUGUUUAAACAUUUAAGUUUUAUGAGAUGCUCUCUCCUUUACAAGCUGACUAUUCAACUUGUUCACUUUUUCCUUUUUUAUAACAAUUACCAGAUCAUAAAAAAGUUCAUACUUCUGUUUUAUAUUUGAAAAAUUAAGAAGCAGAAAAACUACCUAUAAUUGCAUUAAAUGGAGAUUAAAUACUUCAGUGUAAUUCCUUCCCGUCUUUGUUAUUAAAAAUAAACAAUU